CUCCCCAUCAGAGCCAAAGUUUGGGUGGCUUCGCAACACUUUCUCGGCCAGUGUCGUUUAGUUUGCAACUUUUCCUUCCUCUUUCCUCAUCAACAGUCACCCCCACUUUCCUCUUCUCUUCGCUUUCUGCAUCAUAUGUCCACAGAAUAAGGACUUAAGAUAUCUCAGCUCUUUGGCUAUCUCAGCACAAUCAAUCAUGACCUCACAUGUCAAACAAGAUGAUGGAGACUUUGAGAAAGUGUUUGUUACUCCAACACCAAACCAAAACCCCUUGGCUGAGCCAUCGCCCUCACCAUCGCCAUCCGCAUCUACGGCACCCGCUCUGGUUCUAUCAAAUUCAGGGAAGCGAAUUGACCAAGCUGGAAAAAAGAAGUAUGUAAAACAGGUGACUGGCCGACACAAUGACACGGAGCUGCAUUUGGCAGCUCAAAGGGGUGAUCUUGUUGCAGUCAAGCAGAUACUUGAUGAAAUUAAUUGCCAAAUGGAAGGGAGUUCAAGUGGAGCAGAUUUCGAUCAGGAAGUUGCCGAGAUAAGGGCAUCAGUUGUAAAUGAAGUAAAUGAGUUGGGAGAGACGGCACUGUACACUGCAGCAGAGAGAGGGCAUAUUGAUGUGGUUAAAGAGCUACUCAAGUACUCAAAUACUGAAACACUCACUAAGAAGAACAGAUCAAUGUUUGAUCCUCUGCAUAUAGCUGCAUGUCAAGGACAUCAUGCUAUUGUCCAAGUGCUAUUGGAUCAUGACCCUGGGUUAAUUAAAACAAUUGGUCCAUCAAAUGCAACCCCUCUUAUAACUGCAGCUUCUAGAGGGCAUAGUGCUGUGGUUAAUGAACUUCUGUCAAAGGAUUGCAGCUUAUUAGAAAUUUCACGGUCAAAUGGAAAAAAUGCAUUGCACUUAGCAGCUAGACAAGGGCAUGUGGACAUUGUCAAAGCAUUGCUCGACAAAGAUCCACAGUUGGCUAGAAGGACAGACAAGAAAGGGCAGACAGCAUUGCAUAUGGCCGUGAAAGGGGUUAACUCUGAGGUUGUUAAAUUGCUCCUAGAAGCUGAUGCAGCUAUUGUGAUGCUGCCUGACAAAUUUGGCAAUACAGCUUUACAUAUAGCGACAAGGAAAAAGAGAGCAGAGAUAGUUAGUGAGUUGUUACGCCUGCCUGAUACCAAUGUGAAUGCACUGAACCGGGAUCACAAAACAGCUCUUGACAUUGCAGAAGAUCUUCCCCUCUCAGAAGAAUCAUCAGAGAUAAGGGAGUGCCUUUGCCGUUAUGGUGCUGUUAGAGCUAACGAAUUGAAUCAACCAAGGGACGAGCUGCGGAAAACUGUUACACAAAUUAAAAAAGACGUUCACAUUCAGCUUGAGCAAACAAAGAGAACGAACAAAAAUGUCCAUGGAAUCGCGAAAGAGCUGAGAAAACUCCAUCGAGAAGGUAUUAACAAUGCCACCAACUCCGUGACGGUGGUUGCGGUCCUGUUCGCUACGGUUGCCUUUGCAGCUAUUUUUACGGUGCCUGGUGGGGAUGAUGACAAUGGAAUGGCUGUGGUAGUGAGUAGUGCUUCCUUUAAAAUCUUCUUCAUCUUCAACGCCAUUGCACUUUUUACCUCCCUCGCUGUCGUUGUAGUCCAGAUUACAUUGGUUAGAGGCGAGACUAAGGCUGAACGACGUGUAGUAGAAGUUAUCAACAAACUGAUGUGGUUGGCUUCUGUAUGUACUUCUGUGGCAUUCAUGGCGUCGUCUUACAUAGUUGUCGGUCGUAAACAUAAGUGGUCUGCUAUACUGGUCACAGUCGUUGGAGGAGUUAUAAUGGCCGGGGUUCUUGGAACCAUGACUUAUUACGUGGUGAAGUCAAAGAGGACGAGAUCCAUGAGGAAGAGGGAGAAACAUGCUAGGAGUGGCUCAAACUCAUGGCAUCACUCUGAAUUUUCCGACUCAGAUAUCGACAAGAUUUAUGCCCUCUAAGGUAAUGUCAUGGCUCAAGUAGAGGGACAUCAGAUUGCUAAGUAACUGGAGCGAUCAUAACAUGUCAUAGAUUAUUUACGAGUUCAACCACAAUUCCUGCCUUGUAAACUUGGGUGAUAAAGUUUAUCUAUGUAUGAAAGCACUUGCACUGGGCACCUUUGGUUCAAGAGGCUGGGCGCAAUUAAUAAAAUACUGCACCUUAUCUUGUUUUAUA